UUGUCGCUGCAGUCGGUAAAUGGACGUUUGAUGUGGUUGUUUGUCAAGAGUGUCCUAUUGUCUGUUUACAGUGAUUUAUUUCCCAUUACUAUAAUCCUAAUUGAAGUAAAAGGUUUUAAGGAGUAGAUGAAGGUGACAGAAUGUCUCGCAACAAAGACAAGCAUGAGGGCGCUAGCGGGCGCACUUACCACAUUAUGUCGGAGGCGGAGCGGGCUUCCGGCCGUCGUGGAGGCUGGACCACGCUUGAGGUAACAGGAGGUGUGCGCGCCCUAGCGCCCCAACUGUUUCAACUGACGCAUCUAACCGCUCUAUACCUGAACGACAAUUCGCUGCAGCGGAUCCCGCCCGACAUCAACCAGCUGGCCAACUUGCACACCCUCGAUAUAUCAAACAACAAGCUGAGAUCGCUGCCAGCCGAGCUUGGAGACCUUAUACAGCUCAGAGAGCUGCACCUCCACAACAACUACCUCCGCGUCUUACCGUACGAGCUCGGGAAGCUGUUCCACCUGCAGCUGCUGGGCCUCCAGGGGAACCCGCUCAGCAAGGAGAUGCUCUCCAUAUACAACGACAACAACGGCACCGCGAAGCUGUUGACGUAUAUGCUAGACAAUUUGCAAGGUAAGUCCACUUUAUUUGAUAAUUUAACCCAGUUGUCGAUCACUUGGAAGAUCUUCAAGCAUUUAAAAACAUUCCUAGAAAUAUUCAGGAUUUAUAUUUAAUAAUAGUUCAUUUUAAACGGUAAAUUAUCAUG